AAAGUUCAAAAGAUGCGGUAUAAAGGCACGCCAGCCGUGCAGAACGCACGGUCAGAGUAGCACCCCUGUCCGCUCAUCAUUGCGCCAUGCAGAGCCGCAUUCUUCUUGUGCUCCUCGUCCUCGCGCUCGCCUUUAUCGCGGCAGCCAGUCCCAUCCCGGAUGAGGGCACGUUGGUGAAGAAGACUCUCAAGCAGUAUCAAAUGAAGCGUAGGGAUGGCUCUCUCCCUGUGAAACGUCAGGAUGGAAAGCCAUCAAAGAAGUGGUUCGCUCCUGUGGCUACCGGUGUUCCUUCCGAUUAGUUUCACAUCUACGUCUAAGCUGCUACCUUGCUCAGCUACCUGUAUGCUUGCUUUACAUUCGUUCGGACCAUUACCUUUAGAGCCAUUCUGUAUUCUGAUCCAUAGACAGUUCGCUAUCAGUAGUACGUCACGAUCUACGAGCCCUUGGCGGAUCAGUCACCGCCUUAUGUCUCUCUCACCCUGUUCUUGUUGACGAAUUGAAUGCUCUACGUAUAUGAUAUCCGAUGACAAACAUGAAGUUGAGGAGGCACCGCGCGACUCAUUUCCAACUCACGGGUAUUAGAUACCCCCUGAACCCAAUUGAGAACUAUAUGUAGUACACAAGUAUAAAAUCAACAGGAAACCGGACUUCGGAGUAGCGCUAUCGCCGCUCAACAAAUCCUAACGAGGUGAAGUCAAAGGCGAAGGAUCAAGGAACAGGCAGGGGGCAGGA